UUAGGGAAUUCCAGAAGAACAAAAAAGCAAUCAAAUUCAAGUUUAAGCUUUAUUAUCGCAGUUGAUCCUGGUGGCGGAUAGUGUCAGAAGAUCCCAAUGAAACUAUCGGCGAUGUUUUCCUCCAAUUGUUAUUCAUCGGCGAUUGCUAAGAACCCCUUUCAACCACCUUCUCUCAAUAUUCUGCCGGCCUCCGCCUUUUCUCCUCCACACUCCCACAAGCUAUCUUCCCGUCUUCCCGUUUCCUUCAACGGCCUUUUGUUUCGCCGGAAUUCAACUUCAUCUACCAUCGUCUCCGCCUGCAAAUCAGACGGUCAAUCCAAGGAAGGUGAAUCGUUUCUCAGGGAUGUCUUGAGAAGCAUGGAAACAGUUUAUUUAAAUAGAAACCCUACUGCAAAAUCCAUUUUGGAGCUUGUCCAUUCCGUUGAUGAUGAACACAUUUGCUAUGAUCAUCUGGCUUUCAGGACUUUUGGGGUAAAUGGUUAUGGGAUUAACUCCUUGGCAAGUUUUUUUCUGGACUAUGGGUAUACCCAAAAGGAGGAACUAAGAUUUCCUGCUAAAAAAUUGAAAGCCUUGUGGUUUUCUCCUCCCAAUAGUUCGUCUCAAGAUGGUGGCACUGGUGUUAAUGGCCCCUUACCAAGAGUAUUUAUUUCAGAGCUUCUUGUGGAUCAACUAAGCCCCAAAACACAGGAAAUAAUCAGAAAGUACACUGAAAAAUACGGUAGUGGAAAUAGAUAUGCUACUCUUGCAAGUGCUCUGGGAUCUUUAACAUGGGAGAAGCCUUUGUAUUCUGAAUUUCAACAAUUGGCAGGGGAAAGUGAAUAUGCUGCAUGGACCCUUGUCAAUGGGUAUGCACUCAAUCAUGUCACAAUCUCCACGCAUCGGUUGAAAUCUAAAUUGAAGAAUAUCAGAAGCCUCAAUCUGUUCAUUGAAAAGAAUGGGUUCAACUUGAAUUCUGAAGGCGGAGUUCUAAAAGUGAGUCCGGAUGGCCUACUGCUGCAAAGCUCAACCGUAGCGGAUUCAAUACCUUUCAGUUUUUCUGACGGUAUUAAUGAGUCAGUUCCCUGCUCAUACAUUGAGUUCGCUGAACGCCUUGUGUUGCCUCAAUACAAAAGUCUGCCCGAGAGUGAGAUAAAAGAGUCCCACAGGCGAGAUGGAUUUGAGGUUGGAAAUGCUGACAAGAUCUUUGAGAGCACAUCCAAAGAGCAACUGACAAGGAGAGCUUGAUGAGUUUCCUGCAUAUCCAUAUCUUUACGAAGACAGUGGCAAUUCAGGGGAGUGUGUAGCGGAAGAUCACUUAAUAAGUCGGUCUUGUCAAAUUUCUUAAUGUAAAUCAACUAACGUUACUGUUGUUGAAUGUGGAAAACAAUAAAUGAAGGGUUAAAUAUUAGUAAUUGGCUUU